AUGCUGUACAUGUGCAGACGCAGCCUGCAGCCAGCGUCGUGCUUGUACUCGUGCUCACGUGGUCACCUAGGGGCGGGUAGGGGCCAUCAUGGGGCUGCAGGGCACAGCCUCAUCCUUGGUGAGUGUGUGGCCAAGCGGCAGCCUGUGUUCCUAGCUCGCUCUUGCGCUUACUCUAAGCGCUGGCAGGAGGCCUGGGUCUCACCAGCAGAAGCGAAUCAAAGGCCCUCUCCUCUUCUCUCCCCUCCCUCCCUGACUGCAGGAGCAAUAGCAGAAGGCACCUCAGAGAUAGCUACAGAAGGCUCCUCCUGCCCAGCUGCUUUGUCUCUAGGUCUCAACUUCUGCAGCUACUGGCCCUUCCAGCCACAGGCUUUGGGGCUCAGCCCCAGCUGGCGACUGACAGUUUUCUCAGGCAUGAAGGGCUGAAGCUGCAAGGUCCCCCAGGAGGCACUGCUCAAACUCCUGGAGGGACUAACGCAACCAAAAGUGCGGCCUCCACAGGGCCUAGACCAAAAAGAGGUAGCCCAACAGGCCAGCCUGUCAGCUCUGGCUGGUCCUAGCCCAACCUAUCCAUCCCUGGGCAUUGGGCUGGAUUCCUGCAUCAUCCCACUGAGGCACAGGGGCCUGUCACUGGUGCAGACAACUGACUUCUCUUACCCACUGGUAGAUGAUCCCUACAUGAUGGGGCGCAUAGCUUGUGCCAAUGUGUUGAGUAACCUCUAUGCCAUGGGCAUUACUGACUGUGACAACAUGUUAAUGUUACUCAGCGUCAGCCAGAACAUGAGCAAGAAGGAACGAGAAAAGAUAACAUCGCUCAUGAUCAAAGGCUUUCGGGAUGCUGCUGAGGAAGGAGGGACUGUAGUGACUGGAGGACAGACAGUGGUCAACCCUUGGAUUAUCAUUGGUGGAGUUGACACUGCAGUACGUCAGCCAAAUGAACUUAUAACACCUGACAGUGCAGUUGUAGGAGAUAUGCUCUUGUUAACCAAACCCUUAGGAACCCAAGUUGCUCUAAAUGCUCACCAAUGGUUAGAUAGUCCUGAGAAAUGGAAUAAGAUAAAGAUGGUGGUCUCUAGAGAAGAGGUAGUGGUGGCCUAUCAGGAAGCUAUGUUCAGUAUGGCUACCCUAAACAGAACUGCUGCUGAAUUAAUGCACACAUUUAAUGCCCAUGCAGCCACAGAUACAACGGGCUUUGGCAUUCUAAGGCAUUGUCAGAACCUUGUAAAACAACAAAGAAAUGAGGUAUCCUUUGUCAUCCACAACCUGCCAAUCAUUGUCAAGAUGGCUGUCAUCAGCAAGGCCAGUGGGCAGUUUGGACUCCUUCAAGGAACCUCAGCUGAAACUUCAGGGGGGUUGCUGAUUUAUCUACCAAGAGAACAGGCAGCUUGCUUUUGUUCUGCCAUCAAAUCUUCCAAGUAUGGAGAGGGUGGGCAGGCAUGGAUUAUUGGCAUUGUGGAAAAGGGAAACAGGACUGCCCAGAUCAUUGAUAUACCUUGGGUUAUUGAGGUUCAACCUCGUGGGGCCGAUGUGCCUACUGCUCUUGUGUCUCACAAGUUCAGUGCUUCUGAACCUAGCUGA